AUGAUGUACCAGGUUGCUUGCGAGUCCGCAGCCCAGUACAGCGUAGCCACUCCUCGGCUGCCGCCUCCUCCCGUUUCGCGCGAAGACGACAACAUCACGGACCCGAACGCAUGGCGCACCGUCAAUAAUCCGAAGGUGGGCCGGCCGGCGCCGAAGGACGAGAGCAAGGUCAAGACGCACGGGCUGCAAGCCGGGCUCCCAGAGAGCUACUACAACUGGCUCGUCGGUCACGAGGACGGCCGAGAGCGCUGGGCGCCGACAGAGCAUGAGUUCUUCGUCUCUCAAGCCUCCUUUGAGAAGGUACUUCUCCCUGAAGAACGAUACCUGGAUGUUGCCAACGGAGAGCAGGCCAGGAACUUUGCGAGGCCAGACCGUUAUUGA